AUGAAGGUCAAAGGUCAGGUCAGCGAGGUUGCUGCACUCCUGCUUGACCCUGAGCCACAUAUUGACAACCUUGGAGUCAACUUUUUCAAUGAACUCGCUGCAAAGGAUAAUGCCAUCUAUAAUCUGCUGCCAGACAUUAUAAGUAGGCUGUCCGAUCCAGAGAGAGGAAUGAAAGAGGAGGACUUCAGCACUGUUAUGAAGCAACUGUUUUCCUAUAUAACUAAGGAGAGGCAGAUGGAGAGCUUGGUGGAGAAGCUCUGUCAGCGUUUCAGAACUGCAAAGACCGAGCGGCAGUGGGCAGAUAUUGCUGUAUCUCUGUCGCUGCUCUCCAUGUGUGAGCGAGGCUUCAAGAAGCUACAGGAGUGCUGGGAGUGUUACAGUGAUAAACUUACAGAGGAUGCAGUUUACCAACCUCUGCUCUCCAUCUUGGCCAAACUCCGCCGCAGAGCCGAGCCCCAGUUUAAAGCUCAGGUAGAGGAGUUUGAGAAGAAGUUAACAGCAGUGCAUACAAAAGGUCUGGAAGAUGUGGAAAAUGAAGAGCGAGAGCAGCAGCUGGAAAAGCAGAAAAACACUCCUGUGCCCAAGAGUGCUCGCAGACCAACACGAGGUCGUGGGAAAUCCCAGAUGGAUGACAGUGACUUGGUGACCCCCAAAACCUCCCAUGCUCGCCCCAAAACAGUCAUCACCUUUAGCAGUGACGAAGAAGAGGAGGAAGAAGAUGCUGUCAUGGCAGAGAGUGAGACUCCAAAGGUCACCACCCCCAUCUCACGUACCCGACGCACUCAUCUACACCACUAGCCUUUCUUUUGGUUCCAUCACCCAGGUCUCUGCUACCCUUUCCCCUGUUUUUAUAUUUCUAUGUGUAUGUUUAUUCUGUCCAUUCUGAAGGCACUAUUUUUAUGCUUUUUCUUAUUUUUUUUUCUAAUACUAUACAUUUUAGACUAUAUCAUUAUUACAUCAUUUGGAAUAAUGACUAAUAAAAAUAGCACACACACACACACUCUCACUCAGGACUGAACUGUAUACAACUCUCUGUCUCUCUCACACACAUAUACACACACUCUCUCUCUUGACUGUGUGGAUGCGCACACACACGCACACAUAAUUUAUAUUGUUCAUUACUUAUUGCACUACCUCCACCUGUCAUCUGCUGCUAUAGUUGUAUUUAUGUUU